CAUAUGGUUGUAAAUAUACUUUAAAAUUCCAUAAUGAGUGCAACAAAAAAUAAGAGAAAUAUCGAACUUUAUAAAGGUGUCGAUUUUAGGAGAGAACUCACUUUUCGUGAGAAAAAGGUGGCAGAAAUUAAACGUGAAAAAAUGAAGAUCUUAGCUGAUGUCAAACCAGUGCCAAAAUACAUGAUAACGGUUGAUCUUUCCCAUGCUAGGGGGAACCUAGAUGCUUUACGGAUGUGUUUGUCAGAAUUGGAAUGGAAACAAUACCCAUUUGGAAGAAAAGACCAGCACUGUGACAUACACUGGCAGUGCCAGAACUUUGAGCAGAACCCUGACCUGUAUGGCGGUAAAGUUAACAAGUUCCCAGGUAUAAGCUGUAUUUGCAGUAAGAACAAUUUGUUUCGGGUCCUAGAUCAGAUGCGUGCCUUGUACCCGGAUGACUAUGACUUUUAUCCGAGGACCUGGUACCUUCCGGAACAACUUCAACAAUUAGCUCAUGAUAUACGCAAAAUGAAUGAAAAACGUGUCAAACCACGUCCCACAUUUAUCGUGAAACCAGACACUGGCUCUCAGGGAGAAGGUAUUUACCUUAUACGCGAUGUUCAGGAUUAUUUAGUCAACAACGGUCGAGCGAAUGUUUGUCAAGAGUACCUCAGUGAUGUGUUCCUUAUUGACAAAUUCAAAUUUGACCUCAGGGUGUACGCGGUUCUUAAAUCUGUUGAUCCGUUAGAACUCUACAUCUGCAAGGAAGGUCUAGCAAGAUUUUCGACAGUUCCAUACGAAAGUCCAACAAGUCGAAAUAUACACGAAACAUUUAUGCAUUUAACUAAUUAUUCACUGAAUAAAAAGAGUACGUCAUUUAAUCGUUCUGAUCGAGAUGAUGAAGGUAGUAAAAGAACGUUAACAAGUGUGUUCAGUAGAAUGCAAAGACACGGCUAUAAUACGGACAAAAUUUGGAAGAGGAUCGAGCAUAUAAUCGUCAAAACUAUGAUUGCAAUUAUUCCGGACAUGAAGAUAGAGAUGCUGGCUGCGUUACCACCAAAUAAACCAGGGCCAACAUGCUUCCAGAUAUUGGGUUUUGAUAUACUUCUACUGCACAACCUGAAACCCAUCCUGCUGGAGAUAAACAGCAGCCCGAGUCUUCGUAUUGACAGUGAGGUAGAGGUCGCCCCGGGAGUCGUGGAUUAUGUCCCUAGUCCCAAAGAUGAGGAGGUGAAGAUACCUCUGAUCAGAGACACCCUGUUGCUGGUCGCUCCAAAAAAGAAAGUUAACUAUCUAGAAAGUUUCAGAGAGGUGGUUCAUGGGGAGACGUGUAAAUCAUUCGCGUCAGAACGUCAGAAACGAAGAAGGGCGAGGCGAGAACGUCGUAGACAGAAACGUGACGAAGAUGAUCGAAAGCGUAAAGAGGAGGAAGCUAGUCGACCUCCGGUUCAACACGAACGUGACGGUGUGAUUCAUGUUGAAACGCAGCACCCACGCAGUAGUAUCGUCAUUAUAAAAUCUCAGGAAGACGAUGACCCGCCAAAGAAAUUAAAUCGGGAAAGUUCAUUCCUGUUGCCGAGUGUUCAUAAUGUGUUUACGAAUCGUAACGAGAACGAUUAUUUCAAUAAAGAUCAGAAUCAAAACAGUUUAAAAAACGAUGAAAUGGAUAGUUUGACGUUUGGUUACGGUGAACGAACAGAUUUUAUUGAUAGAAUAGAAGAUGAUGAAAAUGUGACCGUGGAAAGAUUGACACGUGAGAACUUAAUAGACCACGAAAAUAGUCAUACGAAAGAAAUGUAUUCAAAAAGUAAUAUUGGAAAUAAAACUUCUACUGGUAAUCAGUAUGAUCAAGAUAUAGAUAAUACUGGUAAUGAAAUAAAUAAUGAUAUGCGAUAUAGUGAUAAUAAAGAUAGCGAUUAUAUGAUUGGUCAAGGUGAUGGUUGCCAUAACGACAGAGGUACGGAGGAGAGUAGUAACAGUGAAGAAGAAAUUGACUCGGAACCUUACGUGAGUUGUCUCAAAGAGUUGUACCCUGAUCCACUCGCAAAGAAAUUUGAACAUUUAAGAAUUUAUGAAAAGUUGGCAGAGGUGUUUAUGGUAUCACUUGGAGUGAGGGCUACACAGAGGCUCGGACCUACAGGAUUCCGCACAUUCUCUAGGAAAUGCCGUUUGAAUAAGAAGGGCAUUACAAAUGCUACCAUAGAUAUUCUAUUUAUAGACAUGCAGAGGAAAUGGGAGCAUGUGAAUCCGGAGCGAACCACUGGUAAACCUGGACUUGGUUUCCGUGGUUUCCUUGACGCUUGCCAUGAAAUAGCUCGUAGAAAGUUUGCGAAUGGCAACAUGUUACAAACAAUGGAAGACUUUAUAGAUUACUGCCUUGAUAAUUUACACGAGGACCAGCUGUUUCAGGCGCGCUGCAAUCCUCGUUUACUGCCACGUAGGGCGAGACCACACGGUUAUCCUAUCUUAGAACCGAUGGUUUCACCCACUAGUCCAAUGAUCUUAGAGGAAAAUAUAGGUGUGCUUUUAGAAAGUCGCCUGGCCGGAAGAAAUUACUCAAAACCGACGUCUGCAGAGGACGUGGACCAGUUUCUACGAAGACAUGGACAAUUAAGAGCUCUUAAAACAACAGUAAAGAGAGUAAAAUCUAGAAAUAAAAAGAAGGAAAAAGAUGAAUAAUGUGCAAAAUUACAGUGUACAUAGUUUGCUACAGAGAGUACGUGGAGUAAAUGCCAGAACGUAAAAGAAAGAAAUAGAAGUAGACAUGAUAAGGUGAAGAAAAGUUAAAAUUAUAAUUGAAAGUUAGCAUGUUAGAUUUUUUUUGUGCAUAGGAUGGCUUUCUUGUCUAAAAGAAAAAGGUAGCUAAAUAAGUUGUCUAAUUUAUAAUAUGAGUCUCUCAUGACCAAGACAAAAUGCUCCACAUAGAAAGUAUACUCUUCUACUUUUUGUCUAAAAGGGUUUUAAUCCACAAUUCUUACCAAUCUGAUCUGAUAUUAAAGUGUUUGUACUGAAUCAUGCAAAAUGUCAUACACAUUAAUGGUGCAUUUCUUCAUACAUGUAUCUAUGUAAAGACUGUCCACGUAGCUCAAUAGGGAGAGCAUGAGAUAAGUUAUCAAGGGGACACUAGUACGAUUCUAGGUAAAGGCGUAACUGUCGGUGACAAUUGAUCUUGUUAACCUUGAGUCUUAUGGUCAUAAAAUUUUGUCUCUCACCACUGCUUCAGAUAUCGUAUGGGUUCAGUUGUCAAUCACUUGUGGAGAAAUGAGUCAUCACUGGUUAGUUAUCCAGGAAAGCCGGUUAGGGAGAUUGUCUACAAAUAUAUGAUCUGACAGGCAUGUAUUAAAAUCAGCAUAAGAAGCAGAGAUUAUUGGCUGUGAAUCAUGCCAUUAUGGCCAAGUAAAAUAUUGACUGAAUUGUAACUUAUAAAGUCAUAUUUUAAUAACAAAUUAUUGUAUGUUUUGCUCAGAAUUUUAAAUUUUAGUAAAUUGGAUAAAAUUGAACAAUUUUUUAAGGCUUAUUUAUCCAUGCUUUAUAAAUGUGUGUGCAAUACUGCAUGUUUAUGCAUAUUUAUAUUUUCUUGUUAGAUUUGUUUUGUGCUUGUUUUUGUUGGUUUUUCUAUAUACAUGUAUAUUUUAUUUGAUAGCUAGACCAAAAUUUGUUACAUUUUUUUUCCAAAGGUAUUACAUACUUUCGUAUGUUAAGAACACAGUACCUGUUUGUAUGUUUUCAGAUUUACUCAAAUAUAUUCAUGAUAUUGGUUAUCUCCCCUUGAAAAUUUAUUUGUGAAAUUGAAAUAAAUUAUAAAAGAAUCUUUCACACUGAUACGGAUGCGAUCAUUAAUUAAAAAAAUACAGUUUGCUUUGGUUCACAUGACAAAAAUGUGCAAAGUAUGAUACAGCAAUGGUUUUCUUUUAAUCUUUUUUAAUACCUUUUAUUGUUUUUUGUUAGUUUUCUUUUCUUUUUUCUCGUUAUUUCCCAUUUUUGGUCUUCAGAGAUUACUUUAUAAGCUGCAUGCCUCCAGAUGAAUUGAUGAUCCAAAAUAUUUCAUAAGUCAAACUUUAGAAAAAUGUACUAAGAUUUUAAGAAAAUUAAAAAGAUUCAAGUAAUAAUUUACAUAUUUAGUGCAAUUCGUAACUGAUUUUGCAGUAUUUAUCACUAUUCAAUUGCAUGACUAAUGCAGUAAAGGCUAUUUUUGCAAAAUUUUACCCCCUUUUUGGUCAUUUACGUGAAUUGUAAAAACCAUUCGCUAUUAGUAAAAUACGUUCUUUGUUCAUUUCACAAUUUUUCAUUUUUAAAUGCAUUUUCAAAAAUUCACGAAAAAUAGCAUGAAUCAGGAGGCAUGCUUUAAAACAGUGUGUGAAAAAUGUAAUCAAUGACAUCAAUUCAGGUGAAAUUCAAGGUUAAAAGGUCAAAGGAGAGUUUAGAUUUCUCGAUCAGCCCAAAUAAAAACCAUAGUUUAAAAUUACAGAUGAAAUUCGACUUAUUAUAGAUCCACAGUUAUUGCCCCUGACUUCAAUAAAAAGUGUGCAUGUUAAAUGUUUGUUUGUUUUUUUCCCCAUCAGUGUGUUGUGUUAAGGAUAAAAUGUUGUUAUAAUUUGUUUGUUGGGUUUUGGAAAAGUUAAGAUUAUUGUUUUGCUCAAUUUUGUUUUUGGAGAACCUUUUUGUCCUCCUGUGUUACUUUUGUUCUCCUGUGAUACUGUAAACUUUUAUAUACAUGUAUAUUGUAAUUUUAACCCUUAAUCUGCUGGAACAGAAAUUGAUAAGACUUUGCCUACAGUUUAGAACCUAGCCUGAUAUUGGACAACCUCAAUUUUGCAUCAAAGUGUGAUGGUCAGUUCAAAAAAUAGAAGCUGGGCAAAUCAAUUUAAGAAAAUCAGCAGGUUAACGGUUAAAUGCCAAAUCUAUUUGUGUGUUAAUGUGAUGAAGAUAUAUUUGCCAUUGAUUUAAUUUUAUGUAAAACAGAGAAUUUUAUAUAAAAUGUCUGUUAUAUAAAACAUGAUCAAAUGGAAGAUUAAAAGAUGUGGGAUAUAAAAGAAUUAAAUAUAUUACUUUCAUUAUUUUUUAGCCAAAAUAGUGAUUUGGGUAUCUUUUGUCCUUGACCAUUAGGACUGCUGUCCAUCCAUAGAUUUGACAAAACAGUGGAAUGUAGGGGCUUUCAUGUCCUAUGGCCAUAUUUUUAGUUUCUUAUAUAUUGAAAUUUGAUGACUUGUAUCAUUCAUGAAGUUUUUGUUUUUGUCUCCAUGAAAAACAUUUCUUUACUCACAAACAUUUCUCAAC